AGCAGCAGCAGCAGCAGCAGCAGCAGCGUUGAGCGGGAACAUGCUUCCGCUCUCCUUGCUGAAGACGGCGCAGAACCACCCCAUGCUGGUGGAGCUGAAGAAUGGGGAGACUUACAAUGGUCACCUGGUCAGCUGUGAUAACUGGAUGAACAUCAACCUGCGCGAAGUCAUCUGCACCUCCAGGGACGGAGACAAGUUCUGGCGGAUGCCUGAGUGCUACAUCCGCGGCAGCACCAUCAAGUACCUUCGCAUCCCGGACGAGAUCAUUGACAUGGUCAAGGAGGAGGUGGUGUCCAAGGGUAGAGGCCGGGGCGGGAUGCAGCAGCAGAAGCAGCAGAAAGGGCGCGGAGUCGGCGGUACCGGCCGGGGUGUGUUUGGUGGCCGUGGACGAGGGGGGAUCCCAGGCAGCGGCCGAGGAGGACAGCAGGAGAAGAAGCCUGGGCGUCAGGCAGCCAAGCAGUGAGGAGCCAAAGAUGGUGUCCCAGACUCAAGUGCCACACCAUGCCAGGAAGGCUGGUCCGCCGUCCCUCUUCACCCACAAAAGAAACUCUUAGGUCCCUCUGUUUCCACAUACCUCGGGGGAGACGGAAGCAACUGGCUUCUAGUUUUUGUCUCUUUUUGCUUUUAAGUACCAUUUAUUAGAAAUGAGUGUUUAAAGGUGUCUCCCCUGAGGGCAUCCACACAGUUUAGCUCUUAACUUGAGAAUCUGGAUAACCUUUUGGAGGGGUAAUUCGGCGUCACCUUUUCCCUCCCCCCACCCUUUUUUGGAAUUGUUUCCUUGCCAUCCUUCGGAACGACAGUAACGGAGAGGACAAGCGAGGCUUUCCACUCGGAGUGUCAGGAUUAAACGAUGUAGCUUUCUUUUUAUUAGAAAAUGGGACUUGUCGAAGGCAACUUCAGCUCUGGGUUCAGUUUUUGGGGAGCAAGGUGGAUGGACAGGUAGCGCAGGACAAGGGAAUUUUGCUGGUUCCACCUGGGCUUCCAUCACACCUUCAGCAGGAGUUUAGUCUCCCAGGCUCCCUCUGGUCCUGUCUCUCUUGUUCAGCCUUCCCCCCCCCCAGCCCAUUGCCCCCCAGAUAUUUCCCAGGGAUAUUUGUUGAGCAGCCAGAAGGGGAAGGAAAUAAUGUGCGGUAGAUCAUGCAGGAGGUGAUCUGUGCCCAUUCGUCCCCCAGGAUGCUACCAGACUCCCAUCCGCACAGCCAAUAUUCUGGGGUGCUGAUGGGAGCUCCAAUCCAGCAACAUCUGGAAGGAGUCAGGCUAAUCUCUGCUUCCAAAAUCUCCACACACCCAGUUCCCUCCCAGGUGGAAUUUAUUGCCUCAGCCUCUGAGCUAAAGCAUCCCGUUUGUGUGACCCUUCUGAGAAUCUCUCGGGAAGCUGCGUCGGCCACCUCUGUGAUAUCAGCAGCAGUUGGUCGGAGCCAGAAAACAAACUGCAACCAUUCUUUCCUUUCCUUUUUUUUUUAAUUAAAAAAAAUGUGCUUUGUAACCCAGUUUUAAGUUUACGAGCAGAAUAAACUUGGAAUCGGC